AUGGCUACGCCCAACUUCCAUGCGCCCAACCAGGACAUGCCACCAGCGGGCGGCUUCAAGCCCUUCCCAUACGUCAAAAACGGCCCUGCCACGCGCGGACCACCAGGAUGGUCGCUCUUUCUCGGCACGUUCCUUGUCACGUCUGUCGGCUACUAUCUAGUGGGUCAACACAACAAGCACCAUCGUGAGGUGGCGAGAGAAGAGCGCGAGAACCGCAUCGCGCUGCUGCCGUUCCUCCAGGCGGAGGCAGACGUCGAGUAUCUGGAGCAGGAAAGGCACAUCCUGGAGAAGGAGCGCCGGGUCAUGAAGAACGUACCUGGCUGGGUGGCUGGUCAGUCGCCGUACCACUCGGGCCGCUACCAAGCGCCGCUCUGGGCUCAGAAAAAGUAG